ACUUGACCCGAAUGACUCAUCGGCUGUCAGCUGCUGCUGGGCGGCGCAGAGCAACCAGGAAGGCACUGAAGUAGUAGUAUGAUGUUUUAGCACAAAAAUAUUACAUUAAUGCUUCAAGAAGCGUCAAAUAGCUCAUAAGGAACCUAAUCAGUGAUUUGUCUUUCCCGGUGCAGUGAUGGAGGAGACAAACAGAGAGGCGGUAGCUACAGCUGUGCAAAGAGUGGCAGGGAUGCUGCAGCGCUCUGACCAGCUGGACAAAGUGGAGCAGUACAGACGCAGAGAGGCAAGAAAGAAGGCAUCUGUGGAGGCCAGGCUUAAGGCCGCUAUCCAGUCUCAGUUGGACGGAGUGCGCACAGGCCUGACACAGCUUCACAAUGCCCUGUGUGACGUCAAGGACAUUCAGAACUCGCUGGCUGAUGUCAGUAAGGACUGGAGGCAGAGCAUCAACACCAUUGAGAACCUGAAGGACGUUAAGGAGGCCGUGGUGCAGCACAGUCAGCUGGCCUCCGCAGUGGAGAACCUCAAGAACAUCUUUUCAGUGCCGGAGAUUGUGCAGGAGACACGUGAGCUGAUUGAGCGUGGUGAGCUGCUGCAAGCACACCGUCGACUCAUGGACCUGGAGUGCACACGAGACAACCUACUUUACGAGCAGCACCGGUUGGACAGCAGGAGCGCGCCCGAGCCAGGGCUCAUUGGAGCCUACUUUGGUGAGGUUCAAGGCCUCUCCGACGAGCUCUCUAAACAGCUGUGGCUGGUGAUGCAGCGUACUCUGGUCACCGUGCGGCGUGACCCUACCAUGCUGGUGUCAGCAGUGCGCAUUAUCGAGCGUGAGGAGAAGGUGGACCGUCGCAUGCUAGAGCGCAACCGGCAGACCUCCUUCCUCCCUCCGGGCCGGCCCAAGCGCUGGAAGAACCGAAUGAGCGAGGUUCUGGAGGGCACAGUGAGCGGGCGAAUCGAGAGCGCGCAGGCCGAGACGCGGCAGUCCGACAAGAUGUGGCUGGUGCGCUUGCUGGAGAUCACACGCCGCUACGUGCUUGACGACCUCCUCAUUGUCAAGAACCUGUUGGUGCAGUGCUUCCCACCACACUAUGACACCUUCCCCCUGUUCCUGGACCUAUAUCACAAAGCCGUGUCCUCACGUGUCCAGGAGCUUGCCGAAGAUGACCUGGAGCCCAACGAGAUUGUGUCUCUGCUCACCUGGGUGCUCAACACGUACAAAAGUGCAGAGAUGAUGGGCCAUGCAGACUUGUCCCCUGAGUGUGACGUCAAGCAGCUGGAGCCUCUGCUGCCUGAGGAUGUGGUAAACCAACUGCUCGGGAAAUACCUGACCACUUUCACUUCAAACAUCACAGGCUGGCUGAGGAAAGCUCUGGAAACAGAUAAGAAGGACUGGCAGAAGGAGACGGAGCCUGAGGCGGAUCAGGACGGCUACUACCAGACCACUCUACCUGCCAUCGUCUUCCAGAUGUUUGAACAGAACCUGCAAGUGGCUGCUCAGAUCAACGAGACGUUUAAAGAGCAGGUGCUGAUGCUCUGUCUGAAACAGAUGAACAGCUUCCUCAUCAGGUACAGGGACGAGGCCAUUGCUUACAAAGAGGAGCAUUUGAAGGAUCGCAAGCUCCCACAGUGCUACGUCCAGUACAUGAUCGCCAUCAUCAAUAACUGCCAGACCUUUAAGGAAUCUAUAAAUAGCCUGAAACGGAAAUACUCACAGUCGACCGAGAACAACCAGAGCGACGACGCCAUCGAAAAAACACUGAAUGAAGUGGCCAAGGACGGCUGCAACUUCUUAUUGGAUGAAGUCUUCCUCGAUUUAGAAAAUCAUCUGAGUGAGCUGAUGACCCGGAAGUGGUUGACCGGCUCUCAUGCAGUGGACACCAUCUGUGUGACCGUAGAGGAUUACUUCAACGACUUCGCCAAAAUUAAAAAGCCUUAUAAUCAGGACAUGACCCGGGAGGCUCACCGGCGCGUGGUCGUGGAGUACCUGAAGGCCGUCAUACAGAAACGCAUCACGUUUAAAAAUGCAGAAGAGAGGAAAGAGGGAGCGGAGAGGAUGAUCAAAGAGGCAGAACAGUUCAGCUUUCUGUUCAAAAAACUCUCUGCUGGAGAGGACACGGACUGGCUGUGUGGCUCCAUCUCUGCUAUAGCCGAGGUGUUCAAGCUGACUGACCCCACUCUUCUCUUCCUGGAAGUGUCCACACUGGUUUCCAAGUACCCUGACAUCAGGGAGGAACAUAUCGUGGCUUUGCUGGCGGUCAGAGGCGAUGCCAAUCGUGACAUGCGGCAGAUGAUCAGCGAGACGCUGAACCAGAGCAAACCGCCCUUCUCCCCCAACACGAAGCCCAUCUUCAAAGAGAUCACCGUGCCAACCAUCUCAGCCAUGACCGCAAUGGCGGUGCCUAAACUGUUAAAAUAACCCACUAAGCCCUGACCCGUGACCCGUAUGGCAUUAUACCUUAAUGAAACACUUCAAAUCAGGAAGGAUGACGUUGCCGUUUUCAUUUUCUCCUUCAAACACUAAACGAUCUUCCGCCUCCUUCCCUCAUUGCGCACACGAAAACCGUAUAAUUUCAUCAACAACUCUUAAGCUUCUGGAUGAUGAUCCUUUUGGGAAAGAAAUCAAGCCACAGCCUGACCUUCAUGCCACAGUUUUUGUUUUUUUUCCCCUCAGGAUCUGGCUGUAAUGCUCGCGCUUCCUGUUUACUUGCGUGACUUGAUGAUUUCUUCAUGAUGUGUGAAACAGAGCAACACUGAGUGCAUGAAACAUACCAAUGCUGUAAAGUUAAUAAGAGCCACCAUAGACCAAAAAAAAGGAAGCGAUACAGAUUAAUAAAAUAAUUAACAAUA